GUCAGAGUGGCUGGCGGCAGUGGCGGCGCUCGGGGCUGGGCUGUCAGUCAGUGAGCGGAGGGGGAAGAUGGCUCGCCCGGACCCGUUCUGCUAGAAGGAAGGGGGGCAGGUGGUGCUGCUGCUCGGGAGAAAGCAGAGCAGCAGCGUCGCCGUUGCUGCGAGCCGGACAAGUCGAGGUUCUGUAGGUGGAAGUUGGGGAGCCGCUCUGGUUGAAGGUUUAGAACAGAUGUGGAAAGAUGUUCACUUCAGAAAAAGGAGUUGUGGAGGAAUGGUUGUCAGAGUUUAAGACACUACCAGAAACAUCUCUGUCAAAUUAUGCUACAAAUUUGAAAGAUAAGAGUGCUUUGGUUUCAUCUCUAUAUAAAGUUAUCCAGGAGCCACAAAGUGAGUUGCUAGAACCUGUCUGUCACCAACUCUUUGAAUUCUACCGCAGUGGAGAGGAAGAGUUGCUUCGAUUCACACUGCAGUUUCUCCCAGAACUGACUUGGUGCUACCUUGCAGUCUCAGCCAGCCGAAAUCUGCAUAGCAGUGGAUGCGUUGAAGCCCUUCUUCUAGGGGUUUACAAUUUGGAAAUAGUUGACAAAGAGGGACAUAGCAGAGUAUUAAGUUUUACGAUUCCAUCUUUAUCCAAACCAUCUGUAUAUCAUGAACCUUCCACCAUUGGUUCUAUGGCUCUGACUGAAAGUGCACUAUCCCAGCAUGGUUUGUCAAGAGUCGUGUACAGUGGACCUCAUCCUCAAAGGGAGAUGCUAACAGCCCAGAACAGGUUUGAAGUGUUGACAUUCCUUUUGUUGUGUUACAAUGCUGCUUUAACCUAUAUGCCCAGUGUGUCUCUUCAAUCACUGUGUCAAAUUUAUUCAAGAAUCUGUGUUUGUGGAUAUCCUCGACAACAAGUAAGAAAAUAUAAAGGUUUAAGUAGCAGGAUACCGGUUUCUUCAGAAUUCAUGGUGCAGAUGUUAACAGGGGUUUAUUUUGCCUUUUACAAUGGCGAAUGGGAUCUAGCUCAAAAAGCAUUGGAUGAUAUUAUAUACAGGGCCCAGCUGGAGUUAUAUCCAGAGCCAUUGCUGGUUGCUAAUGCAAUAAAGUCUUCCUUGCCCCAUGGCGCCAUGAAGUCUAGUAAGGAGGGCACAAGGUGUAUUCAAGUUGAAAUUACACCAACUUCCUCUAGAAUAUCGAGAAAUGCAGUAACCAGCAUGUCUAUAAGAGGUCAUAGAUGGAAAAGACAUGGUACAACCUCACAUUCAGUUCUCUCUCGUCAACCACAUAUAAACAUGCCAAUGUUACUGUAAUCAUGUGACUCGUGACGUACCUGGUCCUGUUCUGUACAGAGCAAACCAAAACGUGUUUUCAGAUUGAGCAAACUUUUGUAUUUGUAUCUUGCUCUUUGCUAUUGCUCUUGCCCCCAUUGGGUAUCAGCAGUAGUCCAAUGAACUAUGAAGAUUCAGCAUCAAAAGAUGGAAAGUGAGUGUGCAAGUUUUUAAGUAUUAUUUCAAGACGAAAACACUUGAGGAGAUUUGUGAAGGGCCUGCCAACAAACAUCAUACGAUAAAUGAAUGAAAUUAUUUCCGAGCACCUUGUAAGUACGAUAUCUUUUGACUAUCUCAGACCUGAAGAACAAAAUCACAUGUUCCAAAUCAAUUUUUUUACUUGCUAAUUUUCAAAUAUAAAUUUUUGUUAAUAUCCAGAUUCUAAUGUAAACUUUAUCUUAUAAAUUUUAUGUGUUUUCAAUUAUUAAAUGUAUUUGCUAUGGUAGAACCAAAUUUAAAAAGUGACAUAAUUUUAUAUCCACAUAAAAUGAAACUGCAGCAACUAAGUGGAGUGCAAAAACACACCCUUGCAGAAGAUAAAAAGAAAAGGAUUUGUGAAUCCCUAAAGGCGGUUUUAAAAUUAACUUCCUUUUUAAAACGUAAUGAAUCAGAAGAGAUUUCUUCCACUGAAUGCUUGAGUUUAAUGGGUGCAGGUGCUGUACUAGUACUGCUAGUGCUGAAAAUACUAAUAGUGAUAGGAAUAUAACAGCGUUUGUCCCAAAUUCUCCAUCCACCCCUUGCUGUAGUAAAAAAAAAUUAGUAGUGUAGAAAGUGAAAGUAUUUUAGUAUCCAAAAUUGUUGCAUCAGCAGACCCCAUAAAUAACAGAAAUACAGAUCCUGCUUGUGGAAUAAUUUCUAAUGAUGUAAAUUAUUGGAUCAAAAGAGGGCCAACUGAUUGUCAACCAUAGUGGGCCACUUAAAAAUUCAUUUAGAAAAUUCCUGGAUGAUAGACAACAAGGCUUAGUAGCCAGAAUAUAUUUUAUGGUGCAAAACUAAUGGUAAAAAUUAUAAGAGGAAGUGGCUACUGACUUCCCCAUUAGUUAGCUCUGUAUAUUGUCUUGUUUGCAAACUGUUCAGUCCUAAAUCAUUCAAUUCUCGAUUUGCUAUGAAUGGACUUAGUGAUUGGUGCAACUUGAAUAUGAUUGAUAAACAUGAAAAUAGUUCAAUUCACAGAGAUUGUAUGUUGUCAUAUUUAAACUGAAGACAUGGUUUUGCCUUAACUCAUGAACUGGGAACACAAUUAAUGAAGAAUGUCAGUAUUGGAAAGCCGUUUUGCAACGUGUUAUUGCUGUCAUUAUAACAACCGCUGAACGUGGACUAUCUUUUUGAGGAAGAAAUGAAGUGUUUGGGACCCCACAAAAUGGAAAUUUUGGGGAUUUACUUGAACUUAUUGCUCAGUUUGAUCCAUUAUUAGCAGGUCACAUCUCAAAGUAUGGUAACACAGGAAAGGGCAACCCAUUGUUUAUGUCUAAAACAACGUGUGAAGAAUUAAUAAACUUAAUAAGUGAUAAACUUUAAUCAACUAUUUUCAGUGAAAUAAAUAUAGCUUGAUAUUUCAGUUUGUCUGUAAUUCCACUCCUGGUCUUUCUCAUACAGAUCAGCUAAUUAUUGUUUUAAUUUGCACGUCUCCAACAGAUGGAAAACCCAUCGAGAGAUUUAUCACAUUUACUGGCUUAAAAAAAUCAACCAGUGAAGAAAUUGCAAAUCAAGCACUUCCCUAUUUAUGUGAAGUUUGAAAAAUUGAUUUUCCUAAGUACAGAGCCCAGUCCUAUGACAGUGCUGCCAAUAUGUCAGUAAAGUAAUGCAAUAGAAAAUUUUAGAACGUAAUGAAUAUGCUAUUUUCAUAAUACAUACUAUGCAUUCGCUUAAUCUUGUAGAAUGUAGUGCAGUCUAUUGUCAUGCAGAAGCAGUUGAUUUUUUUUUUUUUCCUACGGUUCAGUUACUCUACACAUUUUUUGCCUCCUGUGCUUACUGAUGGACAGUUUUUAAAACAUAUUUAGGCAACAAUGGAGUAUUAAAAUGUCUUUCCAAUACACAUUGGAAAAUGCAUGCUGUAGCAAUGAGUGCAAUCCUGGAAUCGUACACUCAGAUUCUAGAUGCCUUAAAAAAUAUUGCUGAAGGCCAGACACAAAAAGGAGAUACCAAAAGAGAAGCUGAAAACAUGGCGAACAAAAUGCACACACUACAGUGUGUAUUUAUAUUGGUUAUAUAUGGAAUAAUAUAUUGCUGCAUUUCCAUUGGACAAGUCAAGCUCUCCAAUUAGAAGUAAAUUUAAAGACAUGCAUAGAUCUCUACCAGUCAUCAACAGGGUAUUUAGAUAAUUUAAGAGAAUGUUUUGAAAUUUUUGAAAACAGAGCAAAACAAAUACUGCCAAAUACUGAUUAUCAAGCAGUUCAUCAUCGCAGAAACAUUAGAAAAAAAAAAGUAAAUGACGGAAGUGCUCCAGAAGUAUCACUGAGUGCCAGAGAUUAAUUUCAUGUAAUCACAUAGAGCACCAUCAUUGACACACUUGACUCUUAAAUGAAAAGGAGGGUGAAAUUAUAUGAAGGUCUUUCAUUCUCUUCUUAUAUAGAUUUUCCUUCUUAAACAAUGUGGAUAUAUCUGACGAAGAAUGCGUGAAGGCAUCUAAGAAAUUAGCGUAGUCUUAUUCCAAUGACUUAAACACAAACCUUUAUGGAAAAGUGGGAAGUUUCAUUUCUACAUGAGAACUAAAUUUACAGAUUCAGGAAAGACAAAUUUUACUCAUAUAGGCAUGUAUGAUUCCAUAAUAGAAGAUAUAAUACAAUGUAUAUUUCCUAGUGUUGAAAUUACUUUUCACGUAUUCCUAACUUUAAUAAUCACAACUGCACACAGAAAGAAACCCUGGUGGCGUAGUGGUUAAGUGCUAUAGCUGCUAACCAAAGGGUCAGCAGUUCAAAUCCGCCAGGCACUCUUUGGAAACUCUAUAGGGCAGUUCUACUCUGUCCUAUAGGGUCGCUAUGAGUUGGAAUCGACUCGACGGCGCUGGGUGUGGUUUUUUUGGUUUUGCACCACAGACAGCUCAUUUUUGUCCCUAAAGAGAUUCAGAAACCCUCAGUGUAGAUCAAUGAUUCAAGAAAGACUAGAUUCAUUAUCCUUAUUAUGUAUGGAAGUACAUAUUGUUCAGCAGUUUAGUUGGAAUGAAAUCAUUGAAGAACUUGUAAGAGCAAGGAAUAGAAAGAAAUGUUUUUAAUUAUUACAUGUUAGAGAUGAAAUACCUAAAAAUGAACUAAUUUGUUGUAGUAUUUAUUUUCUGAAAAGUUAAACUGUCUUUUAUGACAUCUUUUCAUUUGUUCCUUCAUAAAUAUAGCAUUUAUUAUGAAAGAAGCAUCAAAAUUGAAGUAUGAACUGUUUGAGGUAAAAUUAGUGAAAGUCAAUUUUUCGUUGUGGGUGAGCGACAGAGUUUUACAUUGAUUGUUGCAACGAUUAAAUUCAAUGACUCAUUUUCUUUGUUGUAAAAUAUGUAGAAUAUUUCCUUUGUAGAAAAUGUGGUAUAUAGUAAAAAUCUUAGUACCCUACAUCCACUAAAAAUUUUAUAAUCCAGUUAAUUUCAUUCCAUUAAAAUGGUGUACACUAAUUUUGUCUUCAAUCGCUAAUAUUAUAGUUGCAUUUAAAAAGAAGUUACAUCAUGGUUAGCUAAGACACACACAUACAUAUAUAUGUAUGUGUGUAUAUAUGUAUAUACACACACAUAUAACUCACGUAUCCCAUUCAAAUGCAUGAGAAAGCAGAGGAGGGGACACUACAGAUUAUCAGUGUUUAGGGCCUUCACAUGCCUUAAUCUAGUCCUGCCUACCCCUUUACUUAUUCAUCCUUCACAACUCAACACUAGGAAACUCCUGUUUAUGGUAACAAAAAAGUCACAGAUGAGGAUAUUCAGGAGAACAAACUAUAAAAAGCAAGCCAGGUACAUGGAGCAGAUACAGAAUUCAGCUUAGUCUUGUAUACCACUUUUCCAUAGUGUGAAUUCCUUUAAUCCAAAGGGACUCCAAAAUAUCCCUAGUCUAAGGCCCUUCUUAUUUGCUUCUACAAGUAGACUGCAUUCUCCCUUUUUAGGGUAGCCUUGGUUUUCCUUCCUAGGGCAGCAUUUUUCAUUAAGUUACCAUGCUCUGAUGAGUUAAACACUUUUCUAUUUUCCGUCUUCAUAGUUUUGCUUCCUACUUGGACACCUUAUUGUUCUGGGCUCUCUAGCUGACACUGGCUCCUUGUGGAAAAGAUAGGUAUUUUUGCUGUAGUUCUUAAAUAUAUAGACCUCAACCUACACAUGUAUUAUAUUCCAGAAAUUGAUUUAUGCAUUUUUGCAGAAACAAGGUUAAGAGAUUAUAGAUUUCCAGGAUAGCCCACAAAAGCCUUUUUAUCCCAUGUUUCUGAAGCAUAGUGCUGUUGACUGUGUGAGAACAUAUUUAGAGUUUCUAAAUCUGAUGGAAAUCUAAAUGUGAUUCCCAUCCUACCCUGUCACCACACUAACCCUCACCAGAGGAAUUCCUUCACAAACCCCUAAAUGUAUCCUGUAGCGGGAACAAGGAAUAUGCAACUCUAAGCCAGUAAAGGUGGUAUUGUGUGGUUUAAAGUCAAGAAAGGUGUGUGUCAGGGUCAUAUCUUUUCACCAUACCUGUUCAAUCUGUAUACUGAGCAAAUAAUCUGAGAAGCUGGAGUAUAUGAAGAAGAACGGGGGAUUAGGGAUGGAGGGAGACUCAUUAAUAACCUGUGUUGUGCAGAUGAUAUAACCUUGCUAAAAGUGAAGAGGGCUUGAGACACUGAUGAAGAUCAAAGACCACAGCAUUCAGAAUGGAUUACACCUCAACAUAAAGGAAACAAAAAUCCUCACAACUGGACCAAUAAGCAAUAUCAUAAUAAAUGGAGAAAAGAAUGAAGUUGUCAAGGAUUUCAUUUUACUUGGAUCCACAAUCAACACCCAUGGAAGCAGCAGUCAAGAAAUCAAAAGAUGCAUCGCAGUGGGCAAAUUGGCUGCAAGAGAUCUCUUUAAAGGGUUAAAAAGCAAAGCUGUCACCUUGAGGACUAAGGUACGCCUGACCCAAGCUGUGGUGUUUUCAGUUGCCUCCUAUGCACGCAAAAGCUGGACAAUGAAUAAGAAAGACCGAAGAAGAAUCAAUGCCUUUGAAUUCUGGUGUUAGCGAAGAAUAUUGCAUAUACCAUGGACUGCCAAAAGAAAGAACAAAUCUGUCUUAGAAGAAGUGCAACCAGAGUGCUCCUUAGAAGCAAGGACGGCAAGACUACGUCUCACAUACUUUGGAGAUGUUAUCAGGAGGGAUCAAUCUCUGGAGAAGGACAUAAUGCUUGGUAAAGUAGAGGGUCAGCGAAAAAGAGGAAGACCCUCAAUGAGAUGGAUUGACACAGUGGCUGCAACGGAGGGCUCAAGCAUAGCAAUGAUUGUGAGGAUGGCAUAGAACUGGGCAGUGUUUUGUUUUGUUGUACAUAGGAUCACUAUGAGUCAGAACUGAGUUGAUGGCAUCCAAUAAUGACGAGAACAACAAAGCCAGUAACAAAGCCAGUAAUGAUGAGGUUUGAGAUGGAGGGACAAGGAAUAUAAACUUUAAGGAAUAUAUAUAUAAAUAUAUUUAAUAUAUAUUUAUUUAAUACAUGCUCUUUUCUUUCUUACUACCAGUACUGAGAAAGAAGAAAGCAAUCUCCCCUCCCA